CUGCUUUAUUUAUUGUAUUCAGUAUUAUUACUCUUUUUUCUCCUCUAAAAAUAGAGAAGAGAAGAGAGAGAGAAAAAGAGAAUAGAGUUGUUGGGCAGUUGCUGAUUCUGACAGUGGGGACGACGUCUCGGGCGUCAAUUUCCAUAAUUCCACCAUAGCCCCCAAAAAAAGCCCCCAUUGUCCCUGAGCUUUUAAGAAAAAAACCAAACCCCCAUUCAUUCAGUAACAAAAAAGCCAUCUCUGAGAGCCCACUCAUUCAUCAACCGAAAAUGCAUUCGUGAAUUAAAAAGGGUAAAUGGGCAAUGCACGACUUUAAUGCAUUUUUCCUCUGUUCAUGUCUACUCUGCUUACUGCAAAACCCCAGUUCCCUUUUGUCCCCACUUUCAUCUGAACAAAUAGGUUUUUCAUCAUCUGGAAUUUCUCAUUGAUUUCUUCCCGAUUUCGAAAUCUUUUUCCUUCUGUUCUUAGCGUGGAAUUUUGUUGGUUUCAUUUUCUGUUUUGCUUAUUUUCUUGCAAAGGUUUUGUUUCCGUGGCUUUUUUUUGUUUGUACUCGUUGGGGCAUAGAAUCGAACAGUUACUUCUUCUUCUUUUUUUGGUUCCGUUGAUUCUGUGCUUGUUUGUGCGGUUUUAGUUUCAGUCUUUGUUUGUUGUCUUCCUCGAGUGAACCUGUUGUAUUCGUGUAUGCAGGGGGCUAACGCCGCACCAGAGCUUUUGCAUGUUUUGUUGAUGCUACCUGUUCUUUUAAGUGCACAAAAUGGAGAUGAUGACUAGUAAUUCCCAGCUGUUGGAGGUUACCCUCGCGGAUAUCCUUCGUGUGGUCCAUCCUUUGAAGGAGGAUUGGACUGCGAGAUUCUUUAUCAUUCAGGAGCUCCAAAAGGUUGUUCAAUCCAUUGAGAGUCUCAGAGGGGCAACUGUUGAGCCAUUUGGGUCUUUUGUUUCUAAUCUCUUCACUAGAUGGGGAGAUUUAGAUAUCUCAAUUGAGGUACCCAAUGGGUCCUAUAUCUCGUGUCCUGCAAAGAAACACAAGCUGGCUUUGCUUACAGAUCUUAUCAAAGCAUUGAGAAAGAGAGGUGGAUGGCGUAACCUUCAUUUCAUUCAGAAUGCAAGAAUUCCAAUUUUGAAGUUUGAGACCCAUCAAAACAUCUCUUGUGACGUCUCCAUCAACAAUUUGAGUGGCCAAAUGAAGUCUAAAAUGUUGUUUUGGCUGAACGAAAUUGAUGGACGUUUUCGCGAUGUCGUUUUACUGGUGAAGGAAUGGGCAAAAGCACAUGGUGUUAAUGAACCGAAGUCUGGAACGCUGAACUCUUAUUCCCUCAGCUUGCUUGUUGUGUUCCAUUUCCAGACAUGCGAACCUGCACUCUUCCCUCCUCUUAAAGACAUAUAUCCAGGAAAUAUGGUUGAUGACCUUGUAGGUGUGAGGACUCUGGCUGAGAAAAAAAUUCAAGAUGCGUUUGCUGUCGGCAUAAAUGGAUACAAAUCGGAUAAGACAAGAGGGAUAAAUCGAAGUUCUUUGUCUGAGCUCUUCAUCUCGUUUCUUCACAAGUUUUGUGACCUUAGUUCUAGGGCUCAAACUCAAGGAAUCAACAUAUUUACUGGAAGCUGGGAAGAUAUCAGUACCAACAUGAGAUGGCUACCCAGAACUUACACCCUCUGUAUCGAAGAUCCCUUUGAACAGCCCGUAAACACAGCAAGGACAGUUAGCGAUAGGCAACUGGAGAGGAUAUCAGAAGCAUUUCAGACUUCACUUCAGCUGCUUUCUGCACCCAACCUGGACCAAAACUCACUGCUGUCUACCCUUGCCAGACCACAAAUUACAAGAUUUCUGUCAAAAGCCCCUGCUGGAAGCCAAACUAGCAACAUCAAUGGGACUCUCCCCCAAAGUAGCUAUACCAAAGGGACUCACGCUCAGUAUCUUAGAGCUGGACAACAAUUUUAUCGGACUCAGCAGCAUCCUCAGAAUAGAAGUUAUGGGAAACAACAAACUGGGCCUGGUCAGAGAUCUUCCCAACCAAUGCAUAGUCAGGCACAACAAGCUUGGAGGCCCGGAUCGUAGACAUUAAAUGCUUCACAUGUUUCACCAGCUGAUCUUUUGUGAGAAGAAAAAUGCCCAGAUAUUGAGUUCAUAUUUAGAUGGUAGCAGUUGAAAUUACAGAAAGAAGGAACAGAUAGAUUUUGACAAAUAGUAAACUAUUAAUUCGCAGCAGUUUUGAACCUUUUGGCUAACUAGCUUCUUACAUAUGCUACUGGGUUAGGGAUCCUCAUUUGCUGCAAACUCUUUGUGAAUUGCUAAAAGAUUGGAAAAGCGGUGUGCUGUGAGAGCUACCCAGCUGACAUGCUUAUCAUUGUUGGAACUUAGACCCGAUAUUUUGAAAAGGAUACUGGGAGUUUUGGGCAUGUGAUCUCUUUGUUAGUAUCUUAAUUGCUUAAACCAGAAAUUAAAUUUACCUGAGUUAAGAAACCCCAUUAGUAGAUUAUUCUAAAUUUCAUAUUCGUUCAGGUUUCGCAUUGAGGAGCCGUUUGUUUAGAGGGAAUCGGAUUUGGGAUUUGGAAACAGAAUUCAUUGAAGUGUUUGGUUAAUGGGAUUCACUAUUCCUGGG